UUGACGUCAGUCCUCUACUCGGGCGCUGCUCCGGCCGUGUGUUGACUCGUGUGAUUGGGAGGAAACGGUCGCUGCCUUCAUUCGAACGGGCUGAGAGAAUCAGCUGAACAUUGGUACGCCGACAUCCGCCAGCACUCAGUGAGCAGUCAUGAGCGAGCCAUCUCUAAAGGAGCAUGUCCAAAAGGCCAAGUUGGCCGAGCAGGCCGAGCGUUACGAUGACAUGGCUGCUGCGAUGAAAAAGGUGACGGAGGAGGGCGAGACGUUGACGAACGAAGAGCGCAACCUGCUGUCUGUGGCCUACAAGAACGUGGUGGGCGCUCGUCGCUCCUCCUGGCGCGUGAUUUCCAGCAUCGAGCAGAAGACCGAGAACAACGAGGGCAAGCAACAGAAGGCCAAAGAGUACCGGCACAAAAUUGAGACGGAGUUGAAAGAGAUCUGCAAUGACGUUCUGUCUCUCUUGGACAAGUAUCUGAUUCUCAAAGCAGACUCGUCAGAGAGCAAAGUAUUUUAUUUGAAGAUGAAGGGAGAUUACUUCCGCUACUUGGCUGAGGUGGCUGCAGGACAAGAAAAGGAAGACACUAUCAACCAAUCACAGAACGCAUACAAAGAGGCCUUUGAGAUCAGCAAAAAAGACAUGCAGCCAACGCACCCAAUCCGCCUCGGCCUUGCCCUCAAUUUCUCUGUGUUCUACUAUGAGAUCCUCAAUACACCUGCAGAGGCCUGCAAUCUGGCCAAACAAGCUUUUGAUGAUGCCAUUGCAGAACUCGACACGCUGAGCGAAGAAUCGUACAAAGACAGUACACUAAUAAUGCAGCUAUUAAGAGACAACUUGACACUGUGGACUUCUGAUAACCAGGGCGAUGGAGAGGAACCAGAGGAGCCCAAAGAAUGAGCUGCCUCCUCACAGUCACCCCGUCUGCCUGCCAUCCUCCAGGAUCACCUUCAUCAUGAUCAACACUUCAUGCACCUCACUGUCAACAUCAAACUAGCCAUUGUUUUCCUGUUUAGGUCUCUACUCAUCUCACUAAUUUGGGUUGACUAUUUGUUCUGUAGUACCUGUGG